UCAUAAUGUAUUGUGGAACAAGCAAUAUAUUGCUAAUUUAUAGUUAGUUUAUAGUAUUCAAACAGUCUAUUUAAAAAUCAUUAUGAAGUUCCCUGCUAUUUUCUCAAUCAUAGUUAUUUUUGGAUAUGUCGGAUACUCUUCGGCCAUGUCAAUGGUUGAGCCUAUUUCGUUUGUAUUACAAGUUACAUACAACUUACCAGUAUUGGAUUGGGAAUCGAAAUGCAGUGAAUCUUAUAAAGAUAUAGUAAAAUUAACCAGAGAAACCGGAAAUUUAACACUCUUUUUACUCCCAGGUUCAAUAUCAGAAAAACUGCCUAAUUCAAAAUCUACAGAAGGAUUAGACGAUCUUAUUAAAAAAGACUGUAUCGGCAGUCAAGAUUUAAAAAAUAUAUCACAAAAAGUUGUUUCAAGCGUUCAAAAAUGUUUAGAGGAAGAUAAAAAAUUAGAUACUGCUAACGAGGAGGAAAUGAAAAAAGCCUUAAUUAAUUCCAUGUGUAGAAGCGUUCAAAGCUCAAUCGAAUGGAAUAUUCAGUCAAUUAAAUUUACCCAAAAUCAAUAGAAGAGCUGAUGACAAUUAGUAUGUGUAACGAUUAUUAAUUAUGCAAUUAAAAAGAUAGACAGGAAGUCAUCGUAGCUGAGACGAUAUCGGGGUUGCCUUAUGUACCAGGACUGCAGCCUUGGCAGCCACGCUGGCGCGGGUUCGCUUCCCAAAGCAGGAAGCGAGGCUGGAUGUGUUUUCAGAAUGCCUCGUAUACUACUCCACAGAUACUCUACAGUUUAUAAUUAACCCUAUAGUACAGUCGCUAAUGACCUUGGAAGUUGAUGCGUCUACAAACCUUCAAUUAAUAAAAAAAUCGGAUUACUAUCCUUUUAUAUUAUUCACCCCUCCUAUACUCCCAAUGCAACCAAUGCAAUACUAAUUCCAAACACAUUAGCUGCGCCCCGUUUUGUCUUGAUGCACCACCUCAACUCCGCUCAACGUGCAUAACGACCUUAUAACCCCUCUUUUUAAAUUCUCCCCAACAUCUGUAACAACAAUCUACUCCCCACUCUCCCAUAUUCGCAUAUUUAAUAUUUUAGCCUUUGUUUCGCUCUUGGCCCAUGUUAUUUAGUUUUUAUCACUGUCUGUCGCUCUCUAAUUCCUAUAUGACCCUCACUUGCAAGUAUAUCUGAGGGUUACGACUUUAAGAGCUGAGAGAAAAUAUAAUUGUAUUGUAAAUUCGUUAAAAA